AUUUCAUAAGCGCAGCGCCGGGACCGAGUGAGGACGCGCAAGAGGUACAGCGGCCUCCCGGGGCCUGUCUGGCAGGAUGGAGCCGCUGGAGGACACACUGCGGCGGCUGCGGGAGGCCUUCUGCGCGGGCCGCACACGGCCGGCUGAGUUCCGGGCGGCGCAGCUCCGGGGCCUGGGCCGCUUCCUGCAGGACCACAAGCAGCAGCUGCAGCAGGCGCUGGCCCAGGACCUGCACAAGUCAGACUUUGAGUCCCUGGUGUCUGAGAUUGUCAUCAGCCAGGGCGAGGUGGACUUGGCCCUCAGGAACUUGCGGGCCUGGAUGAAAGAUGAGCGUGUGUCCAGGAACCUGGCCACACAGCUGGACUCUGCCUUCAUCCGGAAGGAACCCUUCGGGCUGGUGCUCAUUGUGGCCCCGUGGAACUACCCCGUGAACCUCACGCUGGUGCCCCUGGUGGGGGCGCUCGCGGCCGGGAACUGUGUGGUGCUGAAGCCCUCGGAGCUCAGCAGGAGCACAGAGAAGGUCCUAGCUGAGGAGCUGCCCCGCUACCUGGAUCCAAGCUGCUUUGCCGUGGUGCUCGGGGGCCCCUCAGAGACGGAGCAGCUGCUGGAGCACAGGUUUGACUACAUCUUCUUCACAGGGAGCCCUCGCGUAGGGCGGAUCGUCAUGGCCGCAGCCGCCAAGCACCUGACGCCCAUCACCCUGGAGCUGGGGGGCAAGAACCCCUGCUAUGUGGACGACGACUGCGACCCCCAGACCGUGGCCAACCGCGUGGCCUGGUUCCGCUACUUCAACAGCGGCCAGACCUGCGUGGCCCCCGACUACGUCCUGUGCAGCCCCGAGACGCGGGAGCGGCUGCUGCCCGCCCUGCAGAGCGCCAUCACCCGUUUCUAUGGCGACGACCCCAAGAGCUCCCCCAACCUGGGCCGCAUCAUCAACCAGAAGCACUUCCUGCGGCUGCAGGGGCUGCUGCGCUGUGGCCGCGUGGCCAUCGGAGGCCAGAGCGACGAGAGCGAUCGCUACAUCGCGCCCACGGUGCUGGUGGACGUGCAGGACACGGAGCCCGUGAUGCAGGAGGAAAUCUUCGGGCCCAUCCUGCCCCUGGUGACCGUGAGGAGCCUGGACGAGGCCAUCGACUUCAUCAACCAGCGGGAGAAGCCUCUGGCCCUGUAUGCCUUCUCCAACAGCAGCCAGGUGGUGAGGCAGGUGCUGGCGAGGACCAGCAGCGGGGGCUUCUGUGGGAACGACGGCUUCAUGCACAUGACCCUGGCCAGUCUGCCAUUCGGAGGUGUGGGCCACAGCGGGAUGGGCAGGUACCACGGCAAGUUCUCCUUCGACACCUUCUCCCACCAGCGCGCCUGCCUGCUGCGCAGCCCGGGCCUGGAGAAGGUCAACCACAUCCGCUACCCGCCCUACACGCCCGGCAAGCUGCGGCUGCUGCUGCUGGCCAUGGAGGAGCGCCGCUGCAGCUGCACGCUGCUCUGAGCCCCACGCCCUCCCUAAGCCGGGGAUGCUCCGGGGGCCUGGGGGUCAGAGCACAAGGAGGCCUGCCCAGCCCAGCCCAGCGCUGCC